ACAAAUUUUCGACGAGAUCUGUCUGACGUGUCAAUGGCAGAUGACGAAAUUUCAGAUAAAAUAGUGUGUAAUAUAAAUCCUAUUUUCACUAAAUCCCAAUGAUGAAGAGUGAUUUGUUUGUGUUAUUGUGCUUCUGUCUUACUUUGAGUAUCACAUUUUGCACUGAGGACAAUGAUACUUUUGUUCCCACGCGAGAAUGGCAGAAGAUAAAAGAAGGUCAGAAGGUGCCUCCUGGCCUUCACUAUCGCAUAAAUCUGGAGACCGGCGAGAAGGAGGCCAAGAUUCUCGAGGAAACAGAUGAGUCAGAGAACCAGAAGAGCUCACUAACAAUUGUGGAGGAUGAAGUAGCUAAAGAAAAUGCUUCUGACAGUCCAACACUCGAAGAUGCUCUGAAGAAUAUUCCUGGAGACAGCUUCCAAUACACUCCUGAGCAGAUAAAAGACAUCAAAUCCAAAUUCCGGACGUACGAAGAUAUUAAGCAUGAAUUGAAAGACGAGCUGAAUAUGGAUGUUAAGACAGAUGCAGAGAUUGUAACGGGCUUCAUAAAGAAGUAUGAGGGCCUGAAGAAGGGUACCGUAAAUCCUGAAGUGAUUAAAAUCCUAGAGGAACUGGAAUAUCUGGUGCAUCAGAUUGACAAUGCAAAUAAUUUUGUGGAUCAAAAUGGGAUAGAAAAGAUCAUCAUUCCUAACAUUGUCAAUCAGACUAAUUCUAUCAUCCGGACAAAAGCUCUCAUGCUCCUCGGAGCUGUAAUCCACAAUAAUCCACGAGCACAAAUUUCGGCAUUUGAGCGGAAUGUCGGAGAGCAUCUGACCAGAUUGCUGGCAUCAUCGAAACUCGGAGAUGAGCUCAGUGCAGCUAUUUAUGCCACUGGCAGCUUAAUAAGGAAGUUCCCCCUCGCCCAAAAGGAGUCCCUCACGAAGCGAGGCAUCUCAGUUCUCUUGGACAUCUGGACGAAGCAUGUGGACCUUAAAGUGAAGAUUAAAGUCCUGACAUUGAUUGCUGAUCUUGUCCGGGAGAGCCAUGAUGUUGCACUUCAGCAAAAUGAACCCAGUGAGAAGGAUGAAGAGAAAUUUCGUCAGUAUCAGCGAGUUCACAUUGAGAAACUCCUGGAUGAAUAUGAAUUUUGUCCCAGAUUUGAGCAGCUAAUGGCUUCCUCAAAGGCCGAUCUGACAAAGUGCACAGAUUCCAUGGAGAAGGUGAUCCACAGCAUGCAGCUGACCAAAGACAUGUGCUUCGAUACCUGGUCCCAGAGUCCUGACCUGCGACACGUGAUUCUCGUUUUGAAGAAUCGAGUCACUUGGCUGUCGAGUAUGGAGAGGGAUCCGGAAAACUUUGAAUUCCUAAUCGAGCUGGAGAGCGGAUUUCACAGACUGCAGCACGAGAUUUACAUUCAGGAAGAUUCCGAAAGUGACAUGAGCCGAAAGGAAGAGCUAUAAAAACUCUUUCAAUGUAUAUUUCCAAGACUUUUUCCAAUAAAUUAUUUAUUUCUAGUUGUAA